AAACGAGUUAUUAGGAAUAGUUGAGCUAAAAAAAAUCUCUUCAAACUUUUAAUUAUUGAAAUCAUCAUUUCUGAAGAAGCUAUUGGUUGCUUGGGGUUGGUAGCAAUAUGCAGCGCGUCGAUUGUUUUGUAUCGUCGGAUGAGCGAGCUGUCACCUGCUGUGUUAUUAAUUGUCUCCGAUUGUCUCGUUACGUGUACGUGAGAAAAAAGAGAGGUGAAAAUGGGUUUUCCAAUUAGAAUUCGGCAAUUUGGCUAAUGAGCUUGUUAUGAGUCGAAGACGGAUCAGAUUUUAAUUGUGGGAAAAGCUAAUGUGAUUUAAGCAUGUCCGGUGGGCUAAAUAAGAAGAAGGUGAAUAAGACUCAGGGGUGGGAAGUUGCUGGGUCCGAGUUUUACCAGGAAAGCUACCCAUCAAAUGCAGCAGAUUUUGAUGUACUGCAGCAGAACCCCAAGCAUCUGGCCACAUUGCUACCGAGUAAACAGAACCGGGCAGCUACUAUAAAGCUGAGAAAUAACAGUGAUACAAGGACAUUUCGGAGACAGCAAUCCAUGCGCAGGGAAUCCACUUUCAGGAGGGCCUCAGUGGCAGCAGAAGUGCAGGUUGCCAUGAUGCCUGAUCUCUCACAGAAUCUGUCCAAUGAGCAAACUACAUGGCAGGAAAUCAUGGAACUGAAGGCAAUGCCCAUUCCAAUGGCACAAAAGAGAGAAAUGAAAUCAAAGUUGCAGAAUGAACCUAACCUACGUCUGCAAGGAUACGAACAAUUCAAAUGGAAACACAAAAGGAUGCUGGAGAAGUUCAAGUUGCGUUUGAACGAGGCGUACCAGAAGUUGGAAUUGUGGCGUGGAACUUUGAAAAAUAUAGAGGGAAAUUUUGGUACGGGAGUCGUGGCCUAUUUUCUGUUUAUCAAGUGGCUAAUGCGGUUAAAUCUGUGCAUGUUCGUACCGCAGUUCUUUUUCGUGAUAUUACCGAUGCUCCUCUCUCAAGAGAAGGCUCCUGUAGAAUGCUCGGGUGGUGAAAGGAACUCUACGGAGUGUUGUACAGCCAACUACUUCAACAGUAGCAGCGGUUCCAAUCUCGUUCUGGAUUUGUUCCAGGGCAGAGGGGAAAUGGAGAAAACCGUGUUCUUCUAUGGACCAUAUUCAAACGAAACCUUACAGUAUUAUUUAAACGGAUCUCAGAUGUAUUACAACCUGCCUCUAGCUUACGUCGCUGUGCCAAUAUUCUACUUUUUGUUUUCGCUGAUCGCCAUUGUAAAGGCGGCAGCAAAAGGCUUCAAGGAGCGUUUGGUGGAAGGCGAAGGUCAAUUCUAUCACUAUUGCAACCUGGUGAUUUGCAGCUGGGAUUUCUGCAUUGACAACAAGAAAUCAGCGGGAAAAAAGCAGGAGGCUAUAUUUAAAGAGAUUAAGUCUAGUUUAGAAAUCGAACGACUGGAAGAAGAGCGAAAGUGUAGGACGAGGAACGAGAAGACAAAGUUGUUAGCGAUCAGAAUUGUCGUUAACUUUGUUGUGGUUUUGAUACUAUUCCUUGGAGCUGCCAUAAUAUACUUUGUUUUUGAUUUUUCUACCAACAAAUUAGUCGAUUACGUGGGAAACUCCAUUUCCUUCGACACCGACAGCAUCUUGAGGCUGUUCUAUGAAUUCCUCCCAUCCAUAAUCAUAGUGUUAUUGAAUAUGACUGUACCAUUUCUGUUUCAAUAUUUGGUAAGCUUUGAGAAUUACAGUCCAAUUUUCGUGGUUCGAUUGACGUUGGUGCGAACGGUCUUCUUGAGAUUGUUCUCGCUUUUCGUACUUUACGCUUCACUUUAUAAGAAAAUCUCAUGCGAGAGAGAGGAAGAUGAGUGCACAAGUACUAGUUGUAAUACACCUAUGUGCUGGGAAACCUUCGUCGGCCAACAGAUGUACAAAUUGGCGUUGACUGACUUCGCCACGCACGUAUUCAUCACGUUCGUAGUCAACUUUAUUCGGUCAAGGAUUGGGAGGUUGGAAAAUAGGUUCGCGAAAUUAAUUGGGGAACAAUAUUUCGACUUACCCAAACACGUAUUGGAUGUGGUUUAUCUGCAAACCGUUUCUUGGUUCGGAAGUUUCUAUGCUCCCUGCUUACCAGCCCUCUUUACCAUUAUCUUCUUCGCCAUGUUCUUCGUCAAGAGGUUCGCGUGUUUGGUGAACUCACGACCUAGCAGCACCGUUUACAGAGCAUCUAGAUCGAACUCUAUGUUCAUGAUUGUUCUCCUGGUUUCAUUUAUAUUCGCACUUAUCCCAGUUGCGUUCUCCGUAGCCGAACUGGUACCGUCCAAAUCGUGCGGUCCGUUCAGAGGAUUGAAUUCGGUGUGGGAGGUAGUAACCGUCGCAUUUCACUACACUCCACAUUGGAUUCAAAAAGUGGUGUUUUUCUUGAGCACCGCCGGCUUCGGCAUUCCGGUUUUCAUCGUUCUCUGCUUGACACUGUAUUAUUAUAUUGCGGUGACAUCUGCGAAUAGGCACAUGGUGGUGGUUUUAAAGCAUCAGCUGGUACUCGAAGGUCACGACAAGCAAUUUUUGCUGGAGAAGUUGAGCUCUUUCAUCAAACAGCAACAGAAACGCUCAAGACAGCCCGAGGGCGAUCGAAAUGUAGUGAGCAAUUAGAACAAAAUAUUAAAUAUUUACAAAUUCUCUAAUUGACAAAGGGAAGCCCACUCCCUUUUUCUCUCACUCUCGAUAUAUUGAAGUUUUUAGGGUUUUAAAGAAAAUCAAGAACAAAAGUUUUUAGUCAUUGGGCAUUAAUAUUUCAUUCGAGAGUUCCGACUGAUUUAUGUAUUGUAAUUCCUCAUAAACGUACUCUGCCAUUACAAUGGUCCAAAAAUAAAUUAUUUAAUUGAUGAUUCUCAAUUGCGAAAAACGCAGCUAGAUCUUCCAAGUUUUACUCUUUAAGUAUACAGGGUGUUUUAAAAACAACGGCAAAAGAAACGCGUUCGUUCGGUAGUCUGCAUAUAUAUAUAAUAAGUUAAUUUUCUUAUUUUAUCAUAUAAACAUUUAGACCAGUGUCUUCUUACAUAUCCUUUGGAAAACACUGAUUUAGAUUUAAAUUUGUACCGAUGAUAUUAUUAAACAAGGCUUACAAAAUAGGACACACGGCACACGAUUUUUCUCUUGCUUGAACUGUAUAUCAUUUUUAAACCAUAUAUCUUGUUUCCAUUACAAAUUAUUUUUUUUCCUUCAUUCGCCAUUGUGAUAGUAACAAUAGUUCCUUUAUUUAUUGUAUUUAUUUUGUAAACUAGUCAAAUUGAUGGUAGUUUAGUUUCAAUCAAGAUCUACAUUAUUGUAAAUAAUUUUGAGGAUAAAAUGAAAGUGGAAACAAAGUAAUAACAUGUAAUCAUUAUCGAACGGUGCUUAAAAUUAACAUAAAUUAACGAAAUUUUGUAAAGAAAAGAAAAAUUAUUUAUAUGUAAUCAUAGGUGAGUCGCCGUCUUAUUAAACCUUGGCGUUGUUGGCGAUUCACUUUCCAAACAGAACCCUUUUUCAGUAGAAGGGUUUACGCUCAAAAUAGUGCUUCUGGCUCAACGAAAACAUGGUUAAUAAAAAAAAGUUUCAUUUUAAGCACUCUCACACGAACAAUAUUUAUUAUACAUAUUUAUAUAAACAUAUUCUAUAUAAAUACUUGAUAAUCGAGAUAGGACAUUAAACCUGCCAAGUAAACAAUUAUAUAGCAUUUGGGAUGAUUUUACAUAGCUCACAUAUUACAUUGUAAUUGAAAGAUUUGUAUGUUUUUUUAUUCUACACUUGAGAAUUGUUUCUGGUGAACCCAGAAUUUCAUUUUUAUUUUG